AUGGAGGAGACAAUUAUUCCUCGCUGUUUUUCUCUUAUGAAAUCCAAAGAAAACACUCAAAAAUUUGUAGCUCUUGCUAUGUUACCAUCUAUUCUUUCUAAAGCACCUUCUCGUGCACUCGAAUGCUGGAAAGAACUUGAUUUUCAAUGGAUAGAUCGUUUAUUAAAAUCUGAAGAACCAUCAGAUAAUAAGACACAAAAUAUAUCUCUAGAAUAUAAAACUCUAGCGUUAAAUAUUCUUACUUCUUUUGCAUCAUUUCCUGAACUGUCUCAAGAUCCUAAUAUGAUUAAUCGAAUACCCUCUUUAAUAUCUAUUUUACCAGAAAAUAAUCUUUCAUUCAUAUCGUCUGUUUUAGAUUUACUUAUCGUUUUAACAGAAUCACAUUUAGGUGCAAUUAAAAUAUUAGAUUACCAGCAAGCCAAGAUCAUAUACAAUUGUAUGCAAAUGUCAUGUGAUGCAUUAUCCGAAAAGAUAAUUAAUCUAAUAAAACAUGCAUUUAUAAAAUCUUUAACUUAUGUAUCUGGCAUUCAUCAUUUUAAACUAUCUCUCAUAAAAUGUGUAAAAGAUAUAGCAAAUAUUCUUGAACAAAGUAAGGGAAAAAAGAGAUUAAUUAUACUUUCUUUUUUUGAUGAUAUUUUUUCAAAUAUUAAGAAAGAAUUUUAUGAUGUUCUAAUUAAAGAUAUGAAAGUUAAAAAAAUAUUAUAUAACAUUUUAUAUACUCUCAUAAAAGAGGAUCAAUCUAAUUCUACUCGGAAAAUUACAUCAAGUCUUUUAUCUUCAAUUCUCCGUUUACAAAGUGUCGAUUUUAUAUUAUCAUCUGCAUCAAAUCAAGAAGAAGCUAGAACUUUUUGCGUGCUUUUUACUAGUUUAGCAUCAGUGGAUAUUCGUUCAAUAUUACCUACUAUAAUGAAAAAGUUAGCAUCUAAAGAUAUUUCAGAUGAAUCUCAAAGACUUUCUACAGACUAUGAAAUCUUAGAAUCCAUGAUAAUUUAUCUUUCGAAUUCGGAAACCAUUAUUUUUCAAGCUUCAGAGUUAUUACUUUUACAAAGAUCUUUUAAAGAAGCGUUUGAAGAGUCAAUAGAUUUCCUAAAAGAUAGAUGGGAAAAUUUGAAAAAAAAUGAAAAUUCAUGUUCAAAAGAAAACUUCUCAGAUAUUUUUAGCGACUUAAUUAUAGUGUCAUCUGUAAGAUCGCUAUGUUUAUGGUUAAAGGAAGACGAAAGCUUAAGAAAAUACGCAUUACCUAUUAUGGAUAUAUUUAUAUAUUUAUGGAAAGAAAAAAAUUCAUAUAAUAUUGAUUAUCGAUUAUGGAUAUGUAAUGGAUUACAAGGAAUGAUUACUACAGAAGAAGGAUGGAACAAUUUUCAUGAUUUAAAGUUUUGGAAUAUAAUAUCAACAGAUCUCAUAAAAAACGAAUCAGAAAAAUCUGAUAAAUAUUUUACAUAUAUUGGAUUAUCAGAAUGCGAAUUAUUGCUUCAAGCAGUAGACAAAUAUCAAAAACCCGAAGAAAAUUGGCUUAAUAUAAUUAAGCAUCCAAAAAAAAUAAACAAAAAAGAUAACCUUAAAGCAGAACUCUCCAUUAAAAUAAUUAUUCUUAGUUUAAUCAUUUUAAAAAAGCUGGGAGCCACAUUUUUAACACAACAUCAAGAGCUUUUAUCAGAUCAUCUAGAAAUAUCAUUAAUAUGGAUCCGUUUUCUCAAUUCAAAAGAAUUAGACUGUUCUUGGACUAUUCCUAUAGAAUUAAAGGACGAACUACUUAUUCAUUUAGAGAACUUACGUUCUAUGUAA